CUGAAUGAAACCCAUUUUAUUGGGGGCACUGGGUCUGUGUAUCCCACAACACACAGCAGUCUGUUUGCUCCAGUGUUAAAUCUGAAGAGACGUUACGGUUGAAGGAAAAAGUGGAGACCCACAACGCGCAGCGGCAAACAAGGACCUGGUCCGCUCUCCUUCAGUUCCUCCCUUCAAGUAUCGCUCGCUCUCUCCAGUCGACCGUGGAGAGGUGGAGUGAGAUGCACCCACAGCGCCCGCUGCCCCAGGCCAUGCCCUCCUCAAUGGGCCAAAACCUGAGCGAUGCAGCUCUGAGGAUGGGCCAUGGCAGGAAAUUGCUGGGAGGGAAUGUGGCUUAUGGAGUUAUCCAGUCUCUUAAAGAGUGCCUCUACUUCCUGCUCUGCUGCUGGUGCAUCAAAGAGAUGCUGGACUAAGAGAAAGAGCGUUUGAGCAAGUGGAUGAUUGAUCACGGAUGUGUUGAUGCUUUGGCCUGAAUCCAGAUUUCUUCACACACAGGCAGAAACUCAUGCCUCACAAGUCUCUGGCACUCUAGAGCAGGCAGGCGAUCACAUCCCUGUCGACAUGCUGGUGGCAUUCAAACAUGUUUUAACUGACACCGUUUGAGAAACUUGUGCAAUAAAUGAAAAAGAAAAAACAUUG